GAGCCGCAGACAGUGAUUGCGUCUUUCAGUUGACAGACGUCUUGAAGCGCCUCUGAUCGGACGCUUUCGCUACUUGAGCACCCCUCGAUACUUUCUUGGGGGAUAUUUUGUGGUUUAUUUUCUCGCAACACAGAAUGGAAGUAAACAGCGAGAGGUGCUGCUACCAAGUGGAUAAAAUCGCGAAUCCGCCGCAGUCCAGAAAGAGAUCGGUGUCCGAACGCGAUUUCGCUCGCAGCGCCAGACACUCGCGCACAGCGGGGGAUCCGGUGCAGAAAAACCUUCUGGAUGACAGCGUGCCCCUGGAUCUCACCCAGAAAGCCCUCCGCAAAACGGCCCGCGUGGAAGUGUCCCGGCAGCAGGAGCACAGCAGCGAGGGCGACUCGAGCAGCAGCAGAGAGCUCCUCCACCUGCUCACGUUCCCCAACAAGCUGUGGAGAAUCGUAAACUGCGGCAUUUUCGAGUCGCUGAGGUGGGACGACAGUGGCGCCUACCUGGUCAUCGAUGUCGAGAUGUUUCAGAAGGAGUUUCUCGACAGAAAGGAACAGCCUCGCAUCUUCCACAUCAACAGCAUGAAAAGUUUCGUGUGUCAACUCAACCUGUACGGCUUCAGGAAGGUGAGCUACGCGCAGGAAAGGAGCGCGUCGCUCAGCGCCUUGCUGGUGGAGCUCAGUGAGCUGUCGAGAGCAAACAAGUUGCUGUUCUUCUACAACCCCAAAUUUCAGAGAGGUUGUGAACACCUCUUGCAGUACAUGACGAGGCGCGUGAGGAUUAAAGAUGCCAAAAAAGAUGGCAAAACUGGGAAACCGGGCAGUAUGGUGAAGGCCGGCGGCAAACGAAAGGGCAGGAUGUUCUGGGGGGAAACGGAUCAAGCAUCUCAGUCACACGGCGGGGUGAAGCCCGAAGUGUCAUCCACCUGGCGCUGUCCCUCGCCCAAAUCAGAAGACAUGGGUUCCCCCUGGAUGAAUCAGAACCAAGAUGAACAGAGCGAAGGCUUGAGCACCGAGGCAGACCCUGGUAACUUCUCUUCGCAUCACUUGGCCUGUGUCACUGACCUGUCCAGGUCUCUCCUGCAGGUGAUUUCUAUUUUAACUGAGGCCACCAGCCACGAGUCUCAAGACCCUGCUGUUGUCAGCAACGGGGCCCAGUUCCAAGCCAUGGUGACUGCUUGGAUGUCUCUUUGUAGCACCUGUUUUUCCCUUCCCUUGAUCACUGCCUUGUUUUUAAAGCGAAACACUGCACAUCUUGCAUCGCAGGCUAACACAGACUGCUUCCAGAGUUCAGAGGCCACUGGCUCUGCUACACAGCCUUGAAGAGAACACUGUUUCUUUUUUUUUAACCAUUUUUCUAUUUCUCUUCACGUAAACAUCUCAUCAGUUCUUAAUAAAGCAAUGUUGCAGUAAAA